CAGUUGGUGCUUCCAGUUCCGCCUCUGAGCUAUCCAUUCAGACCAGUUAGGCAAGAUCCCCCACCCGGUGACAGCAGGGAAGUCCCUGGCAGAACACUGCCAGGCUGAGGGGAGGAGGAGGAGGAUGUCGAGCCUGGGCACUGACCCAGCAGGGGUAGGUGGGGGCAGACCACAUGCCCAGAACAAAGACAUCCCCCCGCACCUCCCCACCACUCCUCUGUCCCUGAGGCCUGGCUUCCUGGGAACUGAACUGGGAGUGAGCCUGCACUCCCAGCCCUUCCAGCCACCCAAGUGUCUGCAGGUGAUCAGAGAUGACUUUCCCAAAGUCGGUUCCCUGGUGGUGGGGGAGGGCCUGUCUGAGGAUGGAUGCCACCAGCACACAGGGUGCCUUAUCUAAUCUGGCUCUGCACCCCAAAGCUGUGUCCCAGUGUGUGUGCACUGGACACACGUGCACAACUUGGGGUAAAGUUGACAGGUUCAGCAGGCUCUUGGAGGGUCCUGGGCGCACAGAAGGGGCAGCGGCCUUGUGCCAGUGUGCCCAGGGCAGGUGCAAAGUUCAGCCUAGCAGAUCCCAGGCUUACAGGUCGCCGCCCUCCACCAAUCUGGGCCUGCUGCAGAGAGCAGGGCCGCCCCAUGUCUCCAGGAGAGGGGCAUCCGGCUGGCUGCGGGGCGAGGUGGGGCAGCCCACUCCGGAAGAUGCCCCCCCAACCGCCAAGCCCACCCACUCGCCGGGAUCGUGAGCGCUGUUCCCUGCCCGCAGGGGUCGCGGCAGGGAUGUCACAGAGGCGGCGACAUCACAGACGCCGGCGCCCCCGGCAUCUCCACCGCCCUCCACAGCCCGCCACCAAAGAGCGCACUGGAGGCGGAGGGGUUAGCAGCCACCAGCCCGCUCCCCGCCUCCCAGACAGAGCCUCGGUCAGCAUGGGGGUGACAGGUGCCAAUGGAUUUCCCUGCUGUGACAAGGAGUCGGUGGACAUUGUGGAUACACAGGGUGGCAUAAACCAAAACCAGUUCCAGCCAGUACAAGAGGAAGAUGACAUGGAGCUGGAGAAAGAAUUGCUAGAGCUGGAGUCCCCAGACAAAGAGGUCCUGUGCCUAGACCCAGAACUGGAGCCAGAACGGAAGCCCAAGCCUUUCCCGCAGCCAGAGAUGCGCCCGGUUGUCAUGCUCCAGCCCGAGGCCAAGCUGGACACAGAGCCCAAGAUGAAGGUGGUUAACUUGGAACCCUUCAGUGAAGACCCUGAGCUGCAGGGGUAUAAGACAGAGUCACUCCACCCCUACAUGGAAGGGCUAAUGCAGCAGGACAUCAGCCAAUGGAGUAUGAGGUCAAACUCCAGCUACCUGAGUACCACAGAGGAGGACCCGCUAUCCACCGACCACCGCUCCAUCUGUGUGCAGACCUCCAAACACCUCUUCUGGGCAGACAAGUUCGUUCAGGCCUCAGAACACAGCCUGCAACAGGCGAUCAGCAUGCAGCCCAUCAAGGAGAGCACAAAAGAGACCGCCUGCCACCCAGACCAGCCGUCGGCCCCCAAGGACACUGUGUGCUCCAAGAAGCAGAGCCAGGCCCCCAGUGCCCAGCCAGCUCUUCCAGACAAAGUCUCCCAGCAGCCUCCAAGCCCCCAGCCGUCCCCCUCCCCACAAACCAUCGGCCUGGCAGAGCUGAUCAACUUUGCAUCUUCCCUGGCCAUGGCCUCCUCCAGCAGGAUGGACUUGCCCAAUUUGGGGCAUGUGAUCAAAGCCCCACUCCAGAUAGCCAUGACGCCUUCCACAGAGCCCACUGUGGAUCACACUGCCCAGCCCACUGUGGACGAGCCAGAGCAGGAAAACCUCACUCAGGAUGCGCUAGAGAAGCCACCAGAGGAACCACUAGAAACCAGGGAGCCGCAGGAUGCUUCAAAGCAGGAAGACAAGCACUUCCCUCACACUUACCUUGAUUUCAGCAAGCCAGGGUUCAAGAGGGCCACCAUUGAAGGGGAGGUGAAGUUUCUCCAGCCCCCAAACAUGUCCCCUCAGCCGCAAGGAGCUGGGAAAGAUUCGGGAGGGGGUCCAUUAUUGCUGAAAAUCCAUUUUAAGCUGUCGUCCCCCACUUCCCCAGAGAAGACUAGACAAAACCAGUAA